GCCCUGCUCUAAGCUUCAUUCUUAAGUACCGUAAGCACUGAGGGAAAAAUAAAAGAGACCCUAGCCUUUCCCCCUUUAAAUUACUGUAUUUAGGAAAAGUCAAACCAAUAAAGAGAUUACACUGUAUUUAAGAACUCUAGGCUGGAGAACACACUUUGGGUGAUUAAGAUGAUUCAUAGCGUCUACUUAUAAUCUAUACCCUAAUUUUUUAUAGAGAUAGUAGAGACAAGAUUGAUAAACUGUAAGUAAAUGAAAACUAGCAAAUACUAAAUUCGAUUUAUACUACUAGAUACCCUUAGGGAUAUGGUCAAAAGAGUUGAUAUGGCAACCACAAAGUUACAAUUGAAGCUGUUUUUUCAUGGGAGAUGCACAUUAAAAAAGGCAGAGCUUCAAUCCUCCUAUCAUGGAUGGCAGCCUUGAUAUCCUUGUUCUUCUUUUUGAUUUUUCUCUUGGCUAUCAUGCCUAAAUUGAACUCCCCAGUCAAGAAAUCAAUCAUGGGUGGAACAUAUUUUUGCCCACAUGCUCUUCUGUGGUAAUCACAGAAGUCUUCAAUUAACCUCCCUUAUGAAAAGGGCAAUAGAGUACAUCACAAAUCCUUAGAACACAACAGCAUUUCAACUUCCUAGGACAUUCUGCAGCAGACCUCAAGAUGACUAUUUUGGAAAACUAGCAUUUUAAUUCCAUAACUAAGCAAGAGAUUGCUGAAGUCACAUACCUCAAAAAGUUUCAGACCAUCUCAGUGUUAUCUGCCGAAACAUCUGUCCGUCACCACCAUCCACUUCGCCUCACAUCAACAAAAAUCUAUGUGGCUGCUUACAGCUGACAUCAACUUGAUGACACAAAACCAACAUUGCCAUCUUUAUUUUGGUUUUGGAUAACAUAAUGGACAAAGAGGGCUGGUUGAGCUUCAGAUAAUCCCAGGGCAGUUUAAGAACAAAUCUAAACCUACUGCUGACUGAAUUUAUAUGAUGGCACAAUACGUUACUGUAUAUCAACCUGCUUCAUUCCAGUUAAAUCUGAUGGUGGACAGAACCUAACCCUGAGGCUGAAGGGAUCUCAUCCAAGGAAGUUCCUGGAAAUUGGAAAUUAGGUUUACCGUAUGUCCUAGUUUGACUGGGAUUUAAUGAUGUAUUUGUAUCCCACCUUUAUUUUUACAAAUAACUCAAGGUGGCAAACAUACCCAACACACCUUCCUCUCCUAUCUGGCUUUGCAUCGCAGCCAGUUUACAAGUCCUGGAGAACAGGGUUGCACCAACCCACAAAAGGAGCAUAUGUGGCUUUAAACGCUUAUUUAAACGCUUGGCAUGCUGCACAAAGAAGGAAACUAAACUGCACUAACUUCCCUGCUGCCAGCUUUACUUGUCUAACUAGCUUGCAGAUUGCAACCUCCUCCUGCUUGAAAAGAUGAUAAAACAUAGUAAUGGAAAUACUUAGGAUAGGAAGACUAGAGGUGAGGCUGAGAGUGAGUAAUCUCUCUGUAAACUCCUCUGCUUGCAAGAAAAUACCUUAUGCCACCAGACUCCAAAUUUUGGGCUUAGACAAUUUAGAACUACGCCGACUUCAAUCUGACCUAAGCAUAGUACAUAAAAUUAUCUACCACAAUGUCCUACCUGUCAACGACUACCUCAGCUUCAAUCACAACAAUACACGAGCAAAUAAUAGAUACAAACUCAAGGUAAACCGCUCCAAACUCGAUUGCAGAAAAUAUGACUUCAGUAACAGAGGGGUCAAUGCCUGGAAUGCACUACCUGACUCUGUAGUUUCUUCCCCAAACCUUUAAGCUUAAACUGUCUACUGUUGACCUCACCCCAUUCCUAAGAGGUCUGUAAGGGGGGUGCAUAAGUGCACCUGCGUGCCUACCGUCCCUGUCCUAAUAUUCCUUUUUUACUUACUCUUUUCAUCUAUCCAAAUUAUGUUUAUACUUUUACCUGUUAUCUAAUAUAUGAUUGACAAAUAAAUAAAUAAAUAAAUCUAUCUGGGGAGACCGUAUCUGUGGGCAGGUUGGGCUUGGAGGCAGUUUUCUGAGUUUUUAAUCGGGACGUGUCUAUGUUAGGACAUCAAGCGCAGUUAAUUAUGAAGAAAUAAUGUCUUCCGUUUUCGCCAGAGAGAGAGAGAGAGAGAGAGAAUCCCAAAGCCGCCCCGCCCGCCAAAAAACCUUCAUUUUUGUUCCAAAGCAGCUGCUUUCCACCCUAGACCUCCGUGCUGAAACUUGGCAUAACCCAAGCCGGCAUUUUCUAACAACGCGGAGGCGAGAGAAGCCAUUCAGGAGCCAGAAAGGGUCCAGGCCACGUCCAUCCCGCAGAGUUUCUCCCUCUCCCCCCACCCCGCCAACCCACCCCCAAAAUGAGCGCGGAAGGAAGGGCGGAGAGCGCGCGCACGUGGCCUUUCGGCGUAGCCAAAGGGACCGCCGCGCGGCUCUCCUCCUCCUCCUCCACCCGGUGAAAGCGAAUAGGAGGAGCAGGCAAGUGGGGUGGGGGCGCGCGCGCGCGCUGGGACCCAGUUAGUUCCGUAGACCCCCCGCAAGAGGAGACGCGCGCGACAGCGCGCGCUGCCGCACAAAAGGCCCUGCGCGCGCCAGCCAGGCACAAGGAGCGGGUGUAAAGUAGCCCGCCGCCCUUUUCUUUUCUUUUUUUUCCCCGGCUGACGUUCCUCGCAGGUUUUUGGGGGGUUUUCUCUCUCCAGUUUGUGGGAAGAGGGAGAAGCCGCGAUGACCACCCCCAGGAAAGGCUUCUACCGCCAGGAGAUCACCAAGACUGUCUGGGAAGUGAGGGAGCGCUACCGAGAGCUGCAGGCGGUGGGCUCCGGAGCCUACGGCGCCGUCUGUUCAGCUAUUGACCAGAAAAGUGGAAGCAAGGUGGCUAUCAAGAAGUUGUACCGCCCAUUUCAAUCAGAGCUUUUUGCCAAACGAGCCUAUCGGGAACUGCGCCUUCUGAAGCACAUGAAGCAUGAAAAUGUAAUUGGGCUUUUAGAUGUCUUCACACCAGAUCCUUCACUGGAUAAAUUUAAUGACUUCUACCUUGUCAUGCCAUUUAUGGGAACAGACUUAAGUAAAAUAAUGAAGCAUGAGAAACUAACUGAAGAUAGGAUCCAGUUCCUUGUUUACCAGAUGUUAAAGGGCCUAAAGUAUAUCCAUUCAUCCGGCAUAAUUCAUAGAGAUUUAAAACCUGGAAAUCUAGCAGUUAAUGAAGACUGCGAGUUGAAGAUUUUAGAUUUUGGGCUGGCAAGACAUACAGAUAGUGAGAUGACUGGCUAUGUGGUUACUAGGUGGUAUCGAGCCCCAGAAGUUAUACUUAAUUGGAUGCAUUAUACACAAACAGUGGAUAUCUGGUCGGUGGGGUGUAUAAUGGCUGAGAUGGUAACAGGAAGGCCCCUUUUCAAGGGCAAUGAUCAUCUGGACCAGCUUACAGAAAUUAUGAAAGUUACAGGCACACCAACUCAAGAUUUUGUUCAGAAGCUACAAAGCCAAGAUGCGAAAAAUUAUAUCAAAAGCCUUCCACAAGUACAGAAAAAAGAUUUUGCUGCCGUUUUGAAAAAUGCAAACCCUUCAGCUGUGAACCUUUUGGAAAAGAUGCUGGUAUUAGACCCAGAGAAGAGAAUAACAGCAAGUGAAGCCUUGGCACAUUCUUAUUUUGAAACCAUUCAUGAUCCUGACGAGGAAAACAAAGCAGAGAAAUAUGAUGACACUUUUGACAACAUGGAUCUGCCCCUGGAUGAAUGGAAGUGUAUCACAUAUAAAGAAGUUGUAAACUUUAAGCCAUUGCAAUUGCCUGAGUCAAAAGAAACGGUGUUUUUCUUUUCCGAGGAGAAGAACAAGGAAGGACAGGACAGCAAAACCUCCAACAUGUAAAUUGGAUGACACAAGCUGGCCUCCUGACAGAAGAAUCAAAUUUGUGAUUGAUAUGGAACUCCACAAAGUGGAACUCUGUGGAUCUCCUGGAGGACAAUAAUUUAAACAGUUUCGCUGCUGGACUAACUGCCUUGCUCACAAUAUAUGACAUCUUUUGUAAUGGGUAAAGAAAAUCUGUUUGCAGUGCUCAGCGAGUAAGAACAGAGAAGCCUUUCAGAGAGUCACUCACACCAGUGGUGGGUUUCUACCAGUUUGCCCUGGUUUGGGCAAACAGGUAGUGGCAGCGGCGGAAAGCUCCGCCCCCUACCCGGACGUCAUCACGGACACUCUGCGCAUGCACAGAAGUACCACACACAAGCAUGCUCCCUGUUCCGAACCAGUAGCAAAACUCGAUGAAGUGCAGCAGGCAUUUCCUGAAGUUGUCAGGGAAAUCUGGCAUGCUGCAAAGGCAUAUGCUUACAUUAAUGAAGAUAACUUUAUAUAAACAUCAAGUGGAGGAUGUGAUGGUAUUGGCACAUGAAGUGACAGAAAACCAACACUACAAUUUGAAUUCCUAAUGGGGUGCAGGUAAUCAACAACUUACAAGCAGUCAUUUAACAACUGUUCAAAGUCAUGACGGAGUUAAAAAAAAGUUAUUUAUGACCUCUCUUCAAAGUUAUAUCAGCCCCAUCUCCUAUGAUCAUAUUUGGAACCACCUGAAUUUUUUUGUAGGAAGUUAGCACCCACCCCUCUCCUAGAAAAAUGAAAUAUUUUAGGAAAUAUUUCCUAAAAUUUAGGGCAGACUAUUUCCCCUAAAAGGGAGGCAGAAAUUCAAACCCCCCCCUUUGUUAAUGGGCCAUUAAGGCCUGAGCCAGUCCAUUCUACAUAACAGAUAGCAUUAGCCCUCUACCCAUCUCACCACAUGGCACCUAGGAAGAUUACAUCAGCCAGCAAGGCUCAACCCCCUGGGAGUCUGACAGCCAAUGGGAUACAUUUCUUGUACAGGAACAGGAAACUCUAAGGUGGGGCCCAACAGAGGGCCUAAAACCAGGGCACUCUCAGCAUCUCUGCCCUUUUCUGCUCAGGAGCUCAAGCCAUGUGAUCCUGUCCAUCAUUAAACCAUCUUCCCAAACAGUCUCCAUGUUUCCAGUGUCUUUUUCACUUGGAAUUGAACCUAGAAGGAUAUUUCUUCCAACAUUAUGACCAGUUGCAGCAUACCAUAGUAAUGUCAUCAUGUUUUGGAUUGUUGGGUUUUUUUUUGUUGUUGCAAAAAAAUGGCAAAAACACUAUUUCAUAUGCCUUCUGGAAGCUCAACCAUGUGUUUUUAUAUUAUAGAGAACUCUCUGGGUGUAUAAGUGGCAAAUGGGUCUUUUUUAAGUGGUUUGAAGGAGAAUGGGAAAUGGGCUUACUACAUUUAAUUGGGGAACAAUCUUAUCUGUUUUUUGGAGGUGGGAGAUAGAUUGGAGACUGGAUUUACUGUAUUCAAUCGAUUGAUAAGAGAUGAAAUUAAGAAACAAAGGUGGAUAUUUGAUCUGGGACAAAUUAGAGUUAAAAUUUGGGAGGAUUUGGGAUUGAAGCCAUGGUAAAUUUUCUGAGUAGAUUACAAUAACAGUUUGUUAAUAGAGGGUUUUAGAAUUUCAAUUUUGUCUUUCUUUUGUUAUUAUUAAUAAUUCUUAUUACUUUCAUAGUUUUAUGUAAUUAUUAUUGUUUUUCCUGUUAAAUAUUUAGUUAUUAAUAUAGUAUAAUGUAUUUAGUAGUUUAGUAAUUUAAAAUUCUUUUGGCCUGUUUCGCAAGGGGUGGGAAAUUAACACUGUUGUAUUAUAUUAAUCAGCAUUCAACUUGGAAAGACGUUAUGUGUAUAUAUGUUAAUCUUUUUUUUUUUCUUUUUUUAAGACAAUUUUUCUAUUUAAUGCCUUUGCUGUGUAUUUUACUCUUUUGUUUUCGUUAAUGUUUUAAAAGUUUCUAUUUUAACUAUUUUUUAAUAAACUAAAUAUUAUAGGGGGGAAAAUUCCUCAGAAUGGAGAGAGUCUCAGAAACAUUUUAAGUUUCCCUUCUAGAAGAAAGAGCAAUUGUGACCCUGGGAGAAGACACCACACAGCCUCCCUGACUUAUCAGUGUCCAGGAACAAGAGCCUGUAUAGUCUUGUGAUGAUAAAUAAGUGGGAGGGGGGUUUAAAUGGUUGGCAAAAAGUAGGGUAGGGAGAUACUGGAGAGAAAGGGGAAAGGCUACCCCUGGAUUCUCAGAAGGUUUAGCAGAAACUCAUCUAGUCUGUCAGAGAAACAGAAUACAGCUUUCAAAAACUGCCCAGGAGAAAGGUCCUUAACCUAGGAGUAGUUUUCCUUUGCACUGAAUGAUAAACUGUAGCAGAAUAGUUUCCUGUCAAGAGUGGUGUUCCUCAAGGCAGCGUUCUUGGACCUACUCUCUUUAUAAUAUACAUAAAUGAUCUUUGUAAUCAUAUCUCAAGUAACUGUGUUCUCUUUGCUGAUGAUGUCAAACUUUUCAAUACCACUGAUAAUACAUCCACAAUUCAAAAGGACCUUGAUCAUCUAACUGCUUGGUCUAAAAUUUGGCAACUACAAAUCUCAACCAGUAAAUGCUCAGUCUUGCAUAUUGGAAGAAAGAACCCAAUCACAAAGUACAUGCUUGAUGGACAUUGCCUCGCAGAUGACCCCCACCCUGUCAAAGACCUUGGAGUUUUUAUAUCUAACGAUUUAAGUUCCAAAGCCCACUGCAACUAUAUAGCUAAGAAGGCUCUAAGAGUUGUUAACUUAAUUUUACGUAGCUUCUUUUCAAAAAACACCACGCUACUGACCAGAGCAUAUAAAACAUUUGUUAGGCCAAUUCUUGAUUACUGCUCUCCUGUCUGGAACCCAUACCAUAUAUCUGACAUCAACACAGUUGAGCGUGUCCAAAGGUAUUUUACGAGAAGAAUUCUCCACUCCUCCGAAACUAAUAAAAUACCUUAUUCCACCAGACUUGAUAUCUUGGGUCUAGAAAACUUGGAACUUCGUCGCCUUCGACAAGAUCUGGGUUUAGCAUAUAAAAUCAUCCGUUGUAAUGUCCUUCCUGUCAAUGACUUUUUUAGUUUCAAUAACAAUAUCACAAGAGCUACCAACAGAUUUAAACUCAAUGUCAACUGCUCCAGUUUAGAUUGCAGAAAACACGAUUUCUGUAACAGAAUUGUAUAUACUUGGAAUGCAUUACCUGACUCUGUAGUUUCUUCUCAUAACCCCAAAGGCUUUAUUCAAAAACUGUCCACGGUUGACCUCACCACUUUCCUAAGAGGACUCUAAGGGGCGUGCAUAAGAGCACAUACGUGCCUACCGUUCCUGUCCUACUGUUUCUUCCCCUAUGUAUAUAUAUGUUUUUAGUACCUCGUUUCUCCUCGUAUAUACGUUCAUAUAUUAUAUAACCCUUUAUGCAAUGC